GAAGCUGAUAUGGCCAUUGCACCUUUAACCAUAACUUCAGCAAGAGAACGUGUUAUAGAUUUUACAAAACCAUUUAUGUCUCUUGGUAUAAGUAUUAUGAUAAAGAAACCAAUGAAGAAGAAACCGGGAGUAUUUUCUUUCAUGAAUCCUCUCUCAAAAGAAAUCUGGAUGUGUAUCAUCUUUGCAUAUGUUGGAGUCUCAGUUGUUUUGUUUUUGGUGAGUCGCUUCUCACCACAUGAGUGGCGAUUGGAAGAUUCUUUAGUUGGUCCUUCAGUUGCCAAUGAUUUUUCACUCUACAACAGUCUUUGGUUUUCACUUGGAGCAUUUAUGCAACAAGGUUGCGAUAUUUGUCCAAGAUCAAUAGGCGGCCGAAUAGUUGGAAGUGUUUGGUGGUUUUUCACUUUGAUAAUUAUUUCCUCGUAUACUGCAAAUUUAGCUGCUUUUUUAACCGUUGAGAGAAUGGUAACACCAAUUAAUUCUGCGGAUGAUCUAGCCAAGCAAACAGAAGUAGAAUAUGGCACUCUUAGAUACUCUUCAACUCAAGAAUUUUUUAAGAAAUCUAAGAUAACUGUGUAUGCCCGAAUGUGGGAAUUUAUGAACUCAAGAAAACAUGUAUUUGUACCUUCUUAUGAAGAAGGAAUUAGAAGGGUUCGAGAAUCAAAAGGUAAAUAUGCUUUUCUAAUGGAAUCAACAAAAAACGACUACAUUAAUGAAAGACAACCAUGUGAUACUAUGAAAGUUGGACGCAAUCUAGAUGCCAAAGGCUAUGGAGUAGCCACACCUUUGGGGUCAAACCUCAGGGACCAAUUAAAUUUAGCUGUAUUGUCUCUAAAAGAGAAAGGUGAUUUAGCUAGACUUGAAAACAAAUGGUGGUAUGAUCGAAGCGAAUGUAGAAAUGGUGAUACAAAAGAAUCAUCUCAAAAUGAACUUACUCUUAGCAAUGUAGCUGGAUGUUUUUAUAUCCUAAUAGGUGGAUUGGUUCUGGCGAUGAUAGUUGCAUUACUUGAAUUUUGUUACAAAGCUCGGCUGGAAGCAAUAAAAUCAAAGAUGAGUAUAUGUGAAGCUAUGGCAAGCAAGGUGAAGAUGUCUAUAACAGGAGGUGGAGACAGCGACCGAGCUCGGGUAAUGAGCGGAUCUGUCUGAUUGCCACAAUAUUAUCUACCAACUGAACCACUUGUGAGUCCCGAAGGUUUGUGCGAACAAGUAAAUUAUCAUACUAUGGUCUAAAAUGGAUAUGUGCAAGAAACUUCUAAAAAUAAUGUGUGUAAGAAACAUUUUAAAUGUACCACUUCCAAAUAAACUUUUCAUCACAACA